GAGCAGAGGCAGGUGAAAAUCACAGUCACCAGUUCCCCCAGGAAAAGAGCCAAAACAUGGGAGAUAUCAGAUUCAGAAGAGGAAGAGCCAGACUGUAUUCUAACAGAGGACAUCAAGGGAGCAGAGGCAGGAAUAAAAUGUAAGCAAGUGUUGGAUGAUGUAGAUGGCAGUCUAUUUGUAAAGGCAGAACCUAGGGAGCUUUUGAGACCUGGACAAGGAGGACAUGGUGGAGAACUUGGCUGGACUGUUCCUACAAUAAAAGCUGGAGGUUCAGAACCUUCUGACAUUCAAGAUGUCCAUUUUCCUCCAACUUCAUCAGCCUUAUCACUACCUCUUCCCAAGUCCACCACGUCUAGCCCAGUAAAGAAGACAAGAAGGAAGAAGAGUCCUGAAGAGCUGGAGGCUAACAGAGUAAAGGCUGAGGAGAAGAAGAGGGAGAAGGAACAAAAGCGUCAGGAGAAAGAGAAGAUCAAGAAUCUGGAAAAGGAGGAACGAGAGAAAAGGAAAGAAUCAGCACAGGCCCUGAAGCUCCUGAGGCCAGAUCAAUGUGGGAAAUUUAUGGUUGUCCAGGUGGAUGCAGGUCUUCUCCAAGAUGCAGGGUCAGAAGGUAUGCUGGAAGCUCUGAGUUCAGCUGGGUAUACUUACUCCUUAGAGCCACACUCUGUGCAAUGGAGCAUUACCUGGAGAAGAGAGAUGCCUGCUGACUGGACAUGUGUAGAUGGUCUGGAUCUAUGUAAAGGGGAAGAAGAGCAAAUGCUGAUUCUGGUGGAGCCUAGAGAAUUUCUCAAGAGUGUCUUCUAUUACAUUCAGGCUCCUGAAAACGCCAUGACUGAGACUCCGACCUCUGUGUUUGGAAUAGAUAGGAAGUGUUCUGGAAAGAAGAUCACCUUGGCUGUUUUGGGGCUACAUGAUUAUAGAAGAUGUCAAAGACUGUCGUCGUAAGAUGGAGAGACACUCUCUAGAGCCAAGCCUUUGCUAUGAUGAACAGCCAGAAAGCCAAGUGACCAGGCGACAUAUAGAUGAGGCACUUAUCUUUCUACAGCUGUACCAUGAGACCGAAGUCUUAUUCUUGGAUACAUGGAGAGAACUGGGGCAACAUGUGUGUGCUGUGACCAAGAGUAUAGCUCAGCGCCCGUUCCGGU